CACAGUUCGUUCCAUAAUACCAAUUUACGAAAGAAAGACGGUCUGACGCUUUAGUGCAGUGAAGUUGAGAAGUAAAUCAAUUUUAUAUAAACAUCAGACUGAGGAAAUAUUAUAUUCUAACAACUAAUGAGUGAGACGGUUAACUGAUUAUUCAUGUAUACAAGUGUUCAGUGCCUCUGAAAAUGAAUUAUUAUAUAUAGCCGCUGUAGUUUUCAUGUGCUAGGAAGCAAAGAUAUUUUUCGACACGAAAUUACGUUUAGUGUAGAAUAGUUCGCUCAAUCUACAAGCCUUUUAGUUUUAAGACAACUAGGCAAGACCAAGUUAUUGCACAGAUCAAAUUAUUAAGCCUAGUUGAUUGUUAACUCUGAUUAUUGGUAAAAGAUAAGGAGUUGUUUUUCACAGUGUAAUUGAGAAUUAAUAGGCUAGAUCUGUGUCUGUAUGUUGUUUAAUAUUUUAAUCAAAAGUAUUUUUAGGGCUAUAAUAAACUAGAAAUACUGUAUUUAGCCCAAGACUUAGUAUCUUUUGGUGUUGAGUGUGAGCCGCAGUUAGACUUAAGCCGAUCAAGAAAAUGGCAACUAAUAAAGAAGAACCAGAAGAACAAACUGAUGAAGAUGAUCUGGAUCCUAGAAUACAGGUAGAACUGGAGAGGUUAAACAAUGCAACGGAUAAUAUCAACAAACUGGAAAUGGAGUUGGAUGAGGCAAAUGGGACAUUCCGCAUGCUUAUGAAUGACUCGACACGUCGCAUCACGUUAUGGUCCCACAAACUGGGGUCUUGUGUGGAAAAGGCCCGUCCAUAUUACGAGGCCCUGGAGAUAUCCAAGCAGGCUCAGAUUGACUGCCAGCGGGCUGCUGUAAAGUUUCAGAGAGCUAACGAGAUUCAUGCGGCAGCUAAGGAGACGGUGGCGUUGGCUGAGGCACGUUAUCUCAGUAAACAAGACGAGUGGAAAUUCGACGCAGCUUGGCAAGAAAUGCUGAACCAUGCAACAAAAAAGGUGAUGGAAGCGGAGCACGCUAAGGCCGAGAGUGGCCGGGAGCACCAGAAGAGAGCGACCUUGUACAACGCUGCGGAACAGAAGGUACAAAUGCUGGAACAGAAACUGCGGCGUAAUAUAAUCAAGUCUCGGCCAUACUUCGAGGAGAAAGCGGUGUGUGAGAGCAGCCUGGCCGCACAGAAGCAGCGGAUUAACGAGCUACAGCGUGCCAUCUCCGCGGCCAAGUCACAGUACGCAGCGUCCCUGCGUCAACUGGAGGCAAUCUCCGAGGAGAUUCAUUUGCGAAGGAAAGACAAGAACACACCAAAGGGGCCCAGAGAGCCAGGGGUUGGAGCAGAGUUGGUACCUUCCCUACCUGACGAGGUACCUCUGAAUAAACUAUCCGUUUCGGCACCGAACACGCCCUCUCACUGUGGGCAAGGAAAGGACCUGGACUGUAGAGUGGACGUAGACGACACACUAAGUCUGGGUAGCGUGUCGCGCGCCACCUCCUCCGUCGUGUCCGACUCCGAGGACCAGGAAGAGGUAACUGUCAGCUCCUGUCAUGACCACGUCCGUAAGUCUUACGACCUGGACAUGCUGAGGGCUCACGUGAAGGAGCUGUCGCAGAUGAGUAGCGAAGAACUGACGGACGAGUGGGAGAGUGAGCUGAGCGAGACGAUACAUCGGCUGGACAACGCCUUGCUGCUGCGGGAGUGUGAGGAGGAACUGGCUUCAACGUCGACGCAGCAGGUGUAACGUGACUCUACCACCGGUCAUAGCGGAGAUCUGGUUUGCUGUACUGAUCUGUCUCUUGUCUUGGAAAUAGCCAGAUGAGAACCAUACCUCUUAUGAACCAGCAGACCAAUUUAAGUCUUCUGAGAAUGAACUAUUCAGUUAUUUUGUUACCCAGUAAAAAAAAAAACCAAUGGAAUCUCUAAUAUUUAUUUAAUUUAAGUAGUAUGAACUGAGACUGGUGGAAAAGCUUCGCCAACAUUGAGAUAACUUGUAUGUUUCUUAGCAGCAUCCAAUUUGAAAAAGCAUGCUAAGUUUUGUGUUAGCUUAACUAUCAUAAUUUCAAUGAUUCAGUAUUAAAUGAAAAGUAUUUAUAGAAAAAGUAAACUUAGAUUAUCGUGUGGUAUUUAUUUCUAAUGCUCUAUUUGAAGCGGUGAAAAUGUUUAUGGAAUGAAAGCAAUUAGUUAGGCUUUUUUUAAAAUUUUAAAAUUUAUUUACUUUAGGAGUUAUUAAUUACUAUGUUAUCACUUCGUUCUCGUACACAAUUACUUUUUCAAGUACUGUUCUAUUAUAGUCCAUUAAAGAAGCGUGCCAUAUAAAGAAGUGAUUUAUUAAAUUAUUUGACACUGUGGUAUAAAAAUAGUAAUUUAAGGAAGUCAGUUUCUCGUAAAAUUGGUCUGCUGGGUUCUCCACCAAAAUAUAAUUUGCUGUUGAUAAAAUAUGUGACCUUAGUGAUUUAAGUAUGUUUAAUUUGUAAAUAAUAGUUAUUUAUUUUAGUUUUAUCGUGUUGGGAAUUCACCAUUCAGUGACACAAUUGAGGACCAAUUUUUAAGUAGGUGCUCUAUGAGCUGUUCAACAUAAAUAGAGAAAAGAAGAAAGAGAAAAUUAAAUAGUUUGGAUUCAACGUGUGUUUGUCAUAGAAGCUGUUUCACAAGGUACAGACAAGGUCAUCAGCUCUAAGUAGUCUGAAAGUGCAGUACCUGCCAAUAUUCAUCAAAAUGUUUAACGUUAUAAUUGGACUUUUGUUUGUUUUUUUUCUGGUUGUUAAAAGAUGAAUUACUGAGAAAAUAUUCAACGACGGGUUUGUGGUUGUGGAAAUUUAAGAUACAUUCCCAAGAACUUUAUCUGCAAUGUGUAGAGACUUGUAUGUGUGGACUGUAAAUAAUCGUGUUUGAUUGUUUUGAGUUUUCCAAUGAUGCUCGAGAAAAUUAUAUAUAGAGAUAAUUGGACCCAGAAGAAAUGCAUAACAGAUAGGAUUUUUUUUAGUAAUUAGUAGGGUUUUCUUUGUUUACAGU